AUGGCUUACUCCCAAGUCCAGUGUUUGGACGACAGCCACGUCAACUGGCGGUCCAGCGAGUCCAAGCCCGAAUUCUUCUACAGUGAGGAACAGAGGCUGGCUUUGGAAGCCCUGGCGUCCAAAGGUCCCGAAGCCUUCUACGAGGUCCUGAAGAAGGAGAACAUCAGGGACUUCCUUUCCGAACCGGAGCUCCAAAAGAUCCUGGAGACGCUGGAGACGUACGAUCCUGGCUCGGAAUAUAUCCCCCGUGGAGGGGAGCACGGCGAUGUCGGCAGCCAAGAUGGGGAGCAAGGCCCCUUGCCCUCUCUGGAGUACUGGCCGGAGAAGUCGGACCGGUCCAUCCCCCAGCUGGACCUCGGGUGGCCAGAGAGCGUCGCUUACCGGGGCGUGACACGGGCCACCGUCUACAUGCAGCCCCCCAUCGACUGCCAACCCCACGUCAAGGAGGUGAUCCGCAAGAUGGUCUUCCAAGCGCAAAAGGUCGUGGCUGUCGUGAUGGACAUGUUCACCGACGUGGACAUCUUCAAGGACCUCCUGGAAGCCGGCUUCAAGAGGAAGGUGGCCAUCUACGUCAUCUUAGACGAGAGCAACCUGAAGUACUUCCUCCAGAUGUGCGAGAGGGCCCAGAUGCAUGCUGGCCACUUGAAGAAUCUCAGAGUCCGCACGAUGGGUGGGACCGAGUUUUUUACUCGCUCCGCUACGAGGUUCAAGGGGGCCUUGGCUCAGAAGUUCAUGUUUGUGGAUGGCGACAAAGCCGUAACCGGGUCUUACAGCUUCACCUGGUCUGCUGCGAGAACCGACCGGAACGUCAUUUCGGUCCUCUCCGGUCAGGUGGUGGAGGCGUUUGACAAGCAGUUCCAAGAACUGUACCUUCUGUCUCGGGGAGUCAGCCUGAAGUCCAUCCCGAUGGAUGAGGAGCCCGAACCCGAGACCAUGAUCCUGCCUUCUGUUAUUCCCGUGACUCCGGCCAACGCCACAGUGAAGAAAAUGGUCAACCCUAAGUACGCCCUGGUGAAGGCCAAGAGCGUCGAGCAGGUGACCAACAGCACUCCCGCAAGCAGUGACCGGAAUCCCACCGACCAACGUAGGGCAGAAGCCAAGGGGAAGGCCAUUCUGGAAGGACGGGUGUCUGAGCGGCCGAGCGGCCUCGUGGAGAUAGCCCCACCUAUCCACCCAGGGCUCCUGAACCUGGAAAAAGCCAACAUGUUUGACUACCUGCCCACUUGGGUCGAGCCAGACCCAGAACCGGGGAGCGAGAUACUGGGUUACAUCAACAUUAUCGACCCCAAGCUGAAAAACGUCCAGCUCUCCCAAAUGAACCGCAUCAAAGUGUGCGACAUCUCCCAAGCCAACGCACAGCACAGGCAGAUGCUCAAACAGAAAAAGCAAGGUGCUAAAAGAAAUCAGGGCAGCCAGCCUGCCCCUACCUCUCCCUGCCAUCUUGAUGCCGCUUCUUCCUCCGUCCAAAUUCAGGAAGCCCCUAACCCUACGGGACACAUCCAAGGGGCCCCUAACCCUACAGGAGACAUCCAACAGACCCCUAACCCUACGGGACAAAUCCAACAGACCCCUAACCCUACGGGACAAAUCCAACAGGCCCCUAACCCUACAGGACACGUCAAAGGGGCCCCUAACCCUACAGGAGACAUCCAACAGACCCCUAACCCUACAGGACACUUCCAACAGGCCCCUAACCCUACAGGACACGUCAAAGGGGCCCCUAACCCUACGGGAGACAUCCAACAGACCCCUAACCCUACAGGACACUUCCAACAGGCCCCUAACCCUACAGGACACGUCAAAGGGGCCCCUAACCCUACGGGAGACAUCCAACAGACCCCUAACCCUACAGGACACUUCCAACAGGCCCCUAACCCUAAAGGUCACAACCAAGAGGCUGCUAACACUACGGGACACAACCAGGAGGUCACUAAUGCUAUGAGUCACAACCAGGAGGCCGCUAACACUACAGGACACAACCAAGAGGCCCCUAACUCCAUAGGACACAUCCAGGAGGCCCCUAACCCUAGCCCAACUGAAAGGACUCACAGGAAACCCAAGCCGGGAGAUGCCUUUGCCACUUUGGCCUUCAGUGAGCACUUGAAGCAACCCCCAUGGACAAAGGUUCAUGAGCCAAUGGCAGACAACAGCGUCACUCCCCCAGUCCCCAAACCGAGGACCAUCCACGUGACGGACUUCAUCUCCAUGAAAAGCGUACCUGUCGAGGGUGGAGGUGCCGUAGCAGAAGACACCCGGCUGCAGCACCAGGAAACGGACAGCACCGAAACAAAGGAUGGAGAAAGUCCGGGAAGGGCCGGAGACGGGGGGAGGCAGGCCGCCGUCUCUCAGAAAUCUGCCCUCUGCCCCGUGAAUGGGGUGCGAGGGGGCGAGGCGGACGAGGACGAGGAAGAGGACUUCCUAACCUUCAGCGACCAGGGGAGUUUGUCCAGCAGCUCCCCGGCCCACAGCCACCCACACUCCAACGCAUCGUCGGUCUCGGACGAGUACUUCGAGGUGAGAGACCGCUUUGGGCCCCUCCGCCGGACCAAUUCCGACUGCCUCCCCAACGGAGGAGGAGGGCACAGCCCUUACCUGGGCUUGCAAAGGAAACUGAGCGAGCCACAUGUGAGCCGGGGCACCUUCGUGAGCCCCCUGGGCAGCCCUCUGCCAUCGUUGAGCGCGGGUUUGGAAGAGGCUGGCAGGAGGCGGAGGCGAAGCGACAGCGUGGAAGAGAUUAGGUGUGUUUUGGGAAGGGGCCGUAGCCCGCGUGCUUUACCUGACGGCUACAUUACCUGUCCGAGCAAUGCCCCACAGGGACCACAGUUUUUCUGCUACGGAUCCCGGGUGCAACUGUCAGCAGGCAGAGGGAAAGGCGGCACCCCGGCAGCACCCCGGAGGAAAAUCCCAGGAGACUGCAGAGAUCACCGGGAUGGAGCAAGGGAUAAAAAGGGCCCCACAGGCAACCACCAGCCAAACAACAGCUUCGGUCCCGGCAAGCACCCGCAACCCUGCCGCCUCCCCCAAGGGAACAUCCAAGGGAUGGCCGAUUUCUCGAGAGCAACCGGGGGCACGCUGUCCCCAUUCCAAGAAAGCCAGAGGUUACCGGAGGAAAUAAGAACGCCGCUGGGCAUUCCCUUGUCCAAACUGUCCCAAUCCAAACAUCUGAAGAACAGGGUAUCCCAGGUGUCCGAUCCUAAGAAGAAACCCCACGGAACUGCCAGUUGCAAGGACCAGUAG